AAUCGGCGCUGAUCAGUCUGCCUCUUUGAAUUCUGACGGCAACAUUUUAUUGAUCAUUUCCCAAGUUCAAAAAGAGGAACUUUGCUCCAAGGAUUCCAGCUCAAAUCGUUGAGUUUUUUGUUUGGAUCCUUGUUUUCGGCAGCUCAUCCUCUUUUCUUACCAAACCCAAAAAUGCCCGAGCACGAUAAAGCACCCCAGUAUACUCCUUUUUUCGGUGUCAUGGGCGCAACAUCUGCCAUGAUUUUCAGCGCGUUGGGAGCCGCCUAUGGAACAGCGAAAUCCGGCACGGGUAUUGCGGCCAUGUCCGUCAUGAGGCCGGAAUUGAUCAUGAAGUCCGUCAUUCCCGUCGUCAUGGCGGGUAUCAUUGCCAUCUACGGGCUUGUCGUAGCUGUGGUCAUCGCCGGUGGUAUCGAUAGCGCCGAAUACAGCCUUUACAAAUCUUUCAUGCAUCUCGGUGCCGGAUUAAGCGUGGGUCUGAGUGGUCUGGCCGCCGGCUUUGCCAUCGGCAUCGUGGGAGAUGCCGGUGUACGAGGCACUGCGCAACAGCCCCGAUUAUUCGUGGGUAUGAUUUUGAUCCUUAUUUUCGCUGAAGUCUUGGGUCUCUACGGACUCAUCGUUGCCCUGAUUUUGGCCGUCAAACAGUAAAAAGGAGGGAAUUAGGCUUUGGAGUUCUCUUGUGCAUCACUACACAAGCCGUUGCACCUGGGCACAACAGGCGGUUAUUCCUUGCUCUCUUCUUCUUUGAUAUGAUUCCAUCAUCUCUUAUCUCCCCAUUCAUUUGUGUGUGCAAAGUAACAAAUAAUCAUACUCUUUCGUAAAGUAAUUAUUUGAGUUAGACUGUUUGCGUUGUCCUUGUAUGUUUCUGAUGGGUCACCUUGUCUUGUUCCUACUUGAGACGAUUCCAGCGCGAUACAUAACUUAACUUAUUUCAAGUAUUUGAAUGGUUUCUCAUUGGGAACAGUCAAUUCUGAUCUAAUGAUCACAUCGAGUGCAUGCGCUGUAUUUGCAAAUGUUGUCUUUUUGUGUGGAAAAUGCAAUUGUUGUUCUUGCAACUGUGAAACUGGUCAAAGCUGGCAUUCCACCUUGUGAUGUUUUAAUAUGUUGAUUUGCUUUGAAUUCAUUAGUGUUAACGCUGUAUGUUUUAUGUUUGACUCUUGAAUUGUGGUGAUUUGUGGUCGGAUUUGGUAUAAAUGAUCUUAUCGUUUUA